AUGGCUUCAGAGUCGUUAGUGGAGGUGUUGAUACGACAUUGGGGAGUAGUCCUUGGCGUUGCAAUUGUGGCAUACGCAUUCAGCAACAAGUAUAAUCAUGGUCUGCAUAAAUAUCCAGGACCAUGGUUGGCAGCAUUCACGGACUGGUGGAGAUUCUGGAUUGUGUACAAGCGACGACCAGAAGUUGAGCACAUCAAGUUACACGAGAAGCAUGGAGAUGUUGUACGAUUAGGACCCAAUGAUCUCUCAUUUGCGGACCCGAAAGCUUUGAAGACCAUUUAUGGACUCAACAAGGGAUUUGUGAAGUCCGAAUUCUACCCUGUCCAACAAUCCGUUGCAGGAGGCCAUCGUCUCCCAUCACUCUUCAGCACCACUUCCGAAGCAUUCCACGCCCAGCUCCGAAGAUCCGUCAACAGCGCCUUUUCCAUGUCAACCCUGAUCCAAUACGAGCCAUUCGUAGAUUCCACCACCGAGCUCUUCCUCGCCCAAACAGAAAACCUCUACGCCAAAACAGGCGCCGCGUGUAACUUCUCCCGAUGGCUCCAGUUCUACGCAUUCGAUGUCAUUGGAGAAAUGACCUACUCGAAACGCCACGGAUUCUUAGAAGACAACAAAGAUGUAGACGGAAUCAUCAGCUACAUCGCCAGUCUCUUCGACUACGUUGCACCUAUCGGACAAAUCCCCAUCCUCGACCUCCUCCUCCUCAAAAACCCCAUCUACCUCAUGCUCUCCAAAUACGGCCUCAUCGACGCCACCAUGCCCGUCGCCCGCUUCGCCCAAGACCGCAUGGCGGAACGCUACCCCAAAUCCAAAACCAGCAAAGACAAGUCCUCGGUCCUCCCGUCCACCGAGCCCGUCAAGCCCAUGUCGCAACCAGACCUCCUCUCCAAGUUCGUGCAAGCGAAGACCGACCGCCCGGAAUUCAUGACCGACUCCCUCGUCAUGACGAUGGCCGUCAGCAUGGCGUUCGCCGGCAGCGAAACGACGGCCAUCUCCCUGAGCGCCGUGUUCUACUACCUGUUGAAGAACCAGCGGUGCAUGGCAAGAUUGAACGAAGAGCUCGAUGCCAAGGCGAAGGAGGGGUUUUUUAAGGAUACGCAGCAUGGAUUGGUGACGUGGAGCGAGAGCCAGAAUUUGCCGUACCUGGAUGCGUGUAUCAAGGAAGCGUUCCGCUUGCAUCCCGCGCCGGGCCUGCCGAUGGAGAGGAUUGUGCCGCCGCAGGGGGCGGAGAUCGCGGGGCAUUUUGUCAAGGGAGGCACGAUUGUGGGGUGUUCGGCUUGGGUUCUGCAUCGGAAUAAGGAGAUUUUCGGGGAGGAUGUCGAGGUGUUUAGGCCGGAACGGUGGUUGGUUGAUGAGGGGAAGGGGAGGGAGGAGGAGGAGAAAAGGAUUAAGGAGAUGACGGGGACGAUGUUGCAGUUUGGGAUGGGGGCCAGGACGUGUAUUGGGAAGAAUAUUAGUUUGUUGGAGAUUUAUAAGUUGGUUCCUACUGUGUUGAGGAGAUUCGAGGUUCGUCUCGAAGACCCAUCGAAGGACUGGACGUUGCAUAACGCAUGGUUUGUUCGCCAACUGAAUUUCAACACGACGUUCCACCGUCGAGAACUCGUCCAGCCUGCUUCUGCUUCUUCUGCGUAG